AUGGUUAGACUCAGUGGGAAAAGCGUCCUCUACCUUCCCCAGGACUACACCCCAGGGUCGCUGGUCCUGCCCACGUGUCUUCGGGCAACUGCUCAGCAUCUCUCACAACACGUAACCACAAGGGGGAUUUUCCGAAUUUCUGGAUCGGUCAGAGUAGUAAAUACUCUUUUCGACUACUACUGCUACUCAAAUAAUGGGGGAUUAGAUGUCUCCAGCACCGUUCGUUGCGCUAACUUGCCAUCGCACAUCGAUUUCUCCAUCCACGAUGUUGCUUCCACCUUCAAGCGCAUGAUAUCGACACUCCCUGGUGGUAUCCUUGGAACCUUGUCCAUUUUCGAUGCGCUCGUAGCGAUCCAUGCACAGCUGCGUGGCGAUCCAGAAUUCCCACGAACAAAGCAAACCAAAGUUCGUGCCAGGCUCAUUGCACUAGCUAUUGGGGCCAUCGAGUCUCAGUUUCGGCGAGAGCUCAUCUGCGCCGUCUUUGGGCUCCUGAGUUUGAUCGGAAGGGUGGCAGAAGUAACCCCAAGAGAGGAUGAGGGUGGAAGGCCACUGCCGACGGGUGAUUUGAUGGGAUAUAGUGCCCUCGGUAUUGUAUUUGGGCCAUUGUUGGUGGGAGAACUGUUGGAUCAGUACGAUAUGAACUUUGCGACACCGACGAACGGUUUGCUCCUCUUACCGCCAGGGGCGAAAAAGAUUCGACAAGGCCGACGAAAACCCGCUGUGAUGGAAAAAAAUCUAGUGGGAGCUCAAACAAUUAACAAGGUGAAUAUCGUCAAUAGUAUCACCGAGAUGCUCAUUGCGAACUGGCGUGACGUGGUACGUCAAAUGAAGGCUCUUGGAAUACAUCACAGGAAGGACGUGUCGAAUGCUACACUGCGCAGUGGCUCGCUUCGCCCAUCAGUCUCGGAGUCAUACACAGCGCGGAAACCCCCUCGUGGACGAGAGCCUACCCAAAGGGAGUCCGGUGUUCAAGCAGAUCGAGACAGAAGUCCAGUUUUUGAGGCUCCCAUGGUGAACUCAAAAAUCCGACAGCCGCAACCCAGAGGGAGUUUUGGUUCUGCUAAAUUAAAAUUGAAGCCAAGCGCCGGUGUCCUAAGCCCAGCCAUGGAGGAAGGAAGCAUAGAAGGGGAGAGACGGGGAAAGGUGGCCUCGGAGAAUUGGUUUCGGGAGCCCGCGUUUUCUGUUCAAAAUGACAAGAAACAUGCUAGAUCCGAACCACCAAGCUACACCGAGGAGAAGUCGUGGUGGGGAGUCUUCAAGCACCCACACGAGACCAGGAGCCCGAGAGAUAAGGAGUAG